GGCCAAAACCACCUGAUGUGUGUCUGUGUUCCGCUGCUGAUACAAUUCUUUUAUUUAUUCCUACGUAACACUUUCCUAUACUCUCCCACCUGCCUUAUUCCCACUAUAAAUACCCUACACGAUUGGCUCCUCUCUCAACAACCCAUUGCUUUCCUUCAUUCCCAUUUUCUCACAUUCCCUCUUACUUCUGUGUGCUACUCUCUUCCACUCAUAUACACACAUUUUCAGGCGCAGUCGAGAAAGAUGAAGCCCCUCUUGGCAACUUUCCUGCUCGUCUUCCUUGUCCUUAGCUCCUCCUUCGUUCAGAACGCAAUGGCUGGUUCAAGCUUCUGCGACUCCAAGUGCGCGGCUAGGUGCUCUAAAGCAGGAAUGAAAGACAGGUGCUUGAAGUACUGCGGAAUCUGCUGCGAGGAGUGCAAAUGCGUUCCGUCCGGCACUUAUGGAAACAAGCACGAGUGCCCUUGCUACAAGGACAAGAAGAACUCCAAGGGCCAACCCAAGUGCCCUUAAAUUUCACCUUCAUAUCAAUGUGUCUCUCAGUUGGUGGGUAGGAGAUGGGAGUCAUGUACCCACUCAGGUUUUUCAUGGGGAUUAAAUUUAAUUAUAAAACCAUACUAUCUAUCUAGAUUAAUGCUUAAAGAUAUACUGGGUACUCAUGAAAAUAACUGAGGGCCUCUGCCUCAAGAGUUUGUGAAGUGGUUGUUGUAUGUCCACGGUUAUUGUAUGUUCUAGCUUGGUACCGCUUUGAUCUGAUUUCUGUUUUGUGUACUAAAGCUUUUGUUAUCUAUACAAUAACUAAUUCGUACUACUA